AUGAAGGGCGCGCUUGUGGUGACGGCAGCCCUCAGCAUAGGAGCUGCAUCCGCCCGCAGCAUUCCUGUUCAGGCCCGCAGCCCAUAUGGUACCGAUGGCAGCGGCAUGAUAGCAGCCGAUGGCAACCAAGAUACCAAUCAUGACUCCCAUAGCGCUUUGGAGAAGCGAUUCUUGCCCCUGAUCCCUGUGCUCGCAACAGUAGGCGCUCCACUCAUUGGCAAGGCCGUCGACAAGAUUGUCGACAAGGUCUCUGGAGGGGACAAGAAGAAGAAGGAGGAGGAGGAAGCGAAGAAGAAGGCCGAGGCUGACGCGGCGGCCGCAGCCGAGGCGGAAGCAAAGAAGAAGGCCGACGCGGAGGCGGCCGAGGCGAAGAAGAAGAAGGAGGCCGAGGACAAGAAGAAGAAGGACGAGGAAGAGAAGAAGAAGAAGGACGAGGCGGAUAAGAAAAAGAAGGAGGAGGAGGAGAAGAAGCAGAAGGAACAGAACCCUGCCGUUGUGCCUGUGCCAGUUUCUCCCAUCCCGAACACCACCACUGAAGAGCCGGGUGUGGAGGGAGGCGUGCCCCCGACCCAGCUUCCUACCGAGGGUGCUGAGGGUCUUCCUGAUCCGGUUCCCGGCCAGGCUGUUGAUCCUUUGGCUGGUCAAGUUAUUGACCCGAUGACUGGCCAAGUUGUUGAUCCGAUGACUGGUCAAGUGGUCGAUCCUUUGGCUGGCCAAGUUAUUGACCCGAUGACUGGCCAGGUUGUGGAUCCGAUGACUGACCAAGUGCUCGCUCCUGUCCCCGGUCAGGUUCCGGACCCUUUGACUGGUCAGAUUCCAGAUCCGCUGGCCGGUGCUGCUGACGGAACACUGGGAGGCGCGCUCGAAGGCGGAGCCGCUGGCUUGCCUGUUGAAGGGGCCGCUGGCCUGGAUUUCGCACAGACUGUUCCCGGCGAUGCUGCUGGUGCUGUCCCUGCUACUGGUACUGUCCCCGCCACCGGACCCGUUCCUGCUGCAGGCGCUGUUCCUGCUGGUGGUGCCACAGAUCUGGAGGGCCUCAGCGAGCUCCAAGGCCCCGCGGCUCUGCAGCCUCAAACCGCCGCUGUCAACCCUGGAUUCGCCGGAGCUGGCCUCGAGCAGGAGGACCCGUCCCUUCUCGCCGCCAACCCACUUACCCAAGGCGGCGCCGCCCCCGCCCAGGUUCCUCUCGCUCCGAACCCGGCAGCCUUCCAGCCCGUGGCCAUGGCAGCCGGUGGAGCCGCCGGCAUGGAUGGCCUCGACAUGUACGCGCAGCAGCCGGACGCGCUCGGUGCGCAGUCGUUCGCCGCUCCUCCGGCCGGAGCUAUGCAGGCGGUCUACCGACGCGACGACGCCGCGUUGGAGAAGCGGAUCCUGCCCGCGGCGGCCAUGGCUGCCAUCUCGUUGGCUCCGAUGGUGGCGCCCGUCUUCAGCACGGCUGGCGAUCUUGUCGGCAAGCUCGCCAAGAAGAUCAAGGGCAAGAAGGAUCCCGAGCCGGCGGCUCAGCCAGUUGCUGAUCCCGCCGUUGCACCGGCGCCGCAGCCGGCGCCGCAGCCGGCGCCGCAGCCUGUUCCUCCGCCUGCUCCCCAGCCGGUUCAGCCUGCUCCUCAGCCUGCUCCUCAACCUGCCCAGCCGAUUCCUCAGCCAGUUCCUCAGCCGGGUGUGCUGCCUGCCAAUGACCCAUUGAUGCAAGGUCCUGACGACUUUUAUGACGACGAGUUUGAGGAUGGUUUCGAUGACGGUCUUGGCCCUGUUCCUGGUGCUGGUGCUGGCGUCGGUGCUGGCGUCGGUGCUGGUGCCGGUGUCGCUGGUCCCGCGACUGGUCUUGGUGCUGGUCCUGGCCAAGCAGGGGGUCUCGCUGCUGGUGGUCUUGGUGCCGGUGCUGACCCUUAUGGCGCUGAUCCCUAUGGUGCUGACCCUUAUGGUGCCGAUCCUUAUGCGGCCGACGCUUCUUUUGACAAUGGUUUUGAAGAUGACCUCUACGGCGCCGCUCCGGCCCAGGGAAUUUACCGCCGCGAUAUCAAUGUUGCUAACGCCCAGGAUGGCACCGAAUACUCUGACAGCACCGAUGACGAUGACAAUGACGUCUUCUUCGACGCCGAAGAAUCACUCAACGGAAAAAACACCCAGGUCUACGAGGGCGCCGACACCACCGAAGCCAAUUCUUUGUACGGGCGUGAUGAUCUUUACGACGAUGCCGACGCCGACGCCGACGAGGACGAGGACGAGGACGAGGACGACGAUGAGUACUCAAGCAUUUACAAUGGUGAAGAGCAUCCUGAUAACACUGACCCAUCUAGGCGCCAAUCUACCCAGCAACCUCUGAUCUUUGAGGAUAUAACUGAUGAAGACGCUGUGGCCGAGAUCAUGAGGAGGUUUGUCCCGGCACGUCGCGUCAAGCGCAGCUGGAGGGCUUGAUCCGACCGGGUUUUGCCGUCAAUUUUUCUUUUAUUUUUACUAUUUCUUGUUUGUACAUCUAUAAGUAUAGAGACUGGCUGUUUGCAAGGAGUUCCGGAUCGAUAAAAUGCGGGUAGCGAUACCGUUUUGGGUUAUUUCUUGGGUAUUCACUUUGUUUUUGCUUUUACUGUCAUACAUUCUCUGUCUAUACAUUUUCUUUCCUAUUUGUUUGAGCCUAUUGAUUUUCCG